AUGGGUGCGAUCUACUAUCUCAUGCAUCCUAACCAGCUGCGUUCCAUUAUCCAAUGGAAGCUCUGGCAUGACCCCGUUCACAGGCGCGACACCAGCAAGGAGUCCGCCAACCUCAAGGAGUGCUUCCGCUAUCUCAACAUGACAAGCCGCAGUUUCGCCAUGGUCAUUCAGGAGCUGAACCCCGAGCUCCUCGUGCCUGUCGCCCUCUUCUAUCUCGUUCUCCGAGGCUUGGAUACAAUCGAAGAUGACAUGGCGAUUCCUCUCGACAAAAAGACCCCCAUGCUGCGCAACUUCCACGAGACCAUGGAAAUUGACGGCUGGCAGUUCCACGGGAGCAAAGAGAAAGACGCCGAGCUGCUCGAACACUUUGACGUCGUCAUUACCGAGCUGAAACAGCUCAAGCCCCAAUACUACGAAAUUAUCAAGGACCUUACUCUCAAGAUGGGCAACGGCAUGGCAGACUACGCCGCCGACACCGACAAGAUCGAGAACGGUCUGCAAACGGUUGAGGACUACGAGCUUUACUGCCACUAUGUCGCUGGCCUUGUCGGCGAGGGUCUGACCAGACUAUUUGUCACCUCCGAAUUGGCCAACCCUAAGCUCGCUGAGCGACCCUCCUUGACAGAGUCCAUGGGCCAGUUCCUGCAAAAGACCAACAUCAUCCGUGAUAUCCACGAGGACUGGGUUGAUGCCCGUCGCUGGUACCCCAAGGAGAUCUGGAGCAAGCACGUUGACAAGUGGGAGGACCUCUUUGAGCUUUCCAAGCGCGAGCAAGCCCUCAACUGCAUUUCCGAAAUGGUGCUCGACGCCCUCAAGCACGCCGAGGAGUGCCUCUUCUACAUGGCCGGCAUGCGUGACCAGAGCUGCUUCAACUUUGUCGCGAUUCCCCAGACCAUGGCCAUUGCCACCCUCGAGCUCAUCUUCCGCAACCCCGCCAUCCUCGAGCGCAACGUCAAGAUCACCAAGGGCGAUGCCUGCCAGAUCAUGCUCGAGUCGACACAAAAUCUCUUCACAGUGUGCGAAGUCUUUCGCAGAUAUGUGCGCCGCAUUCAUAAGAAGAACGAUCCUCGCGACCCCAACUUCCUGGCCAUCAGCGCCCGCUGCGCCAAGAUUGAGCAGUUUAUCGAGACGCUGUACCCCAAGCAGGACCCAGCCAAGCUGAACGCUACGAACAAGAAGAGACAAAUGGACGAGCCCACUGCGGACCCCGGCGAGGGCUUCGUCCUGUGGAUGGUUGUCCUCCUGUCGCUUGGCUUCAUGGCUCUCGUCAUGGUCGGUAUUGCCUGGUUCUUUGGUGCCGACUUUUCCUCGACAUUCUCCGACGUGAAGAAGCUGUGGACCAGUCUCGACGCCCCCAAACCUCCCCAACCUCUCGCCGGUGCUGGUCGCGACGAGUUGUAG